UAAUGACGUCGCAUUGCGGUCAUUCAGCCUGGAUAAAACCAGAAAACACAGGCGGAUGACUCCACCAAAUCCUUUCAUCCUACCAUGUCUCUCCCGCCAGCACCCAAAGACAUUUCAGAACACCCCAAGGCAGGCUCUGUCGUCGCACCAACCGACAAGGCUGCCAAGGAAGCUGAUGUCUCCAGAAAGAUCAAUUUCUACGGCGUGAUCGAAGCGUUUCGUCAGGGGCGUAUGCCAGACAAUCAUCAAAUAGACGAGACACUACAGUAUCUGCUGCAAACGUCACCAGUGGAUGAGCACAAGCUCUCUUCAGAAGGCCGAAAACUUGUUCAAGACGCCCGUGAAAUCAUUGAAACUGCGCGUGUCAUAGUCAAGCAGAAAAAUGCCGACGAACUUUUUCAAAAUUUCAUCUGGAAUACCCGCGAUAUUUCUCUUGACAGCGCGAAGAUGGACCCUGGCGCAGCCUCGUCCGUCGAUCGCGCCAAAAUCGACGAAGACCGUCAGACUGCCGUUCGCCAUCUUCGCACCAUUCUUUCCCUUAUUCUCACCAAUUCCGAAGUUCGCAAGCUACUUUCCGACUUCUCGGUCAUUGGGCGAGACUUGCUCGCAAAGGGUGCUUCGAAACUCGCUGAGAAUUUGCGUCCUGGUGAGGAAGAGCUUGCCCAUGUCGACGAGGCUGCUCCCCAAGAUCAGUUUGUUACCAAGGGUGGACGCCAAGUUGGCCCUAGUGAAACACCGGUUCUGGAGGCGAAAGUCCCCGGAACGGACACUACCGUCGAGCAACACCCUCGCGCUGAUGACGCCACGGUGACCACGGGGGAUGGCUCACAGAAAUCUGGGAAUCAAUUAGUUGGCGAGGGCCGUGCUGCUGUCGAGGGCGCCAAGGAUAAUACGAAAGACACAGUAUCUCAGGUUAAAGGUACCGCCCAAGAGAAAGCAGACCAGGCCCGCCAGCAAGGGAACUUGGAAGGUGUUGCACCUGACACUUCGUCUUCAGAGACUGAGGGGAAAAAGCUGGGGUUCAAAGAACGCAUUCGCGGUUAUGCAGGUGGUAUCGGCGAUCGCAUCCCCCAGCAGCAUCGGGACCGAGCAUCCGAGCACGUUGAGCGAGGACGUAAGUUCUUAGCCGAGGAGUACUUCCCUGUAGGGCGCCGUGAUCAAUUCAUCCAUCGUGGCAAGAAGGUUAUAAUUGAAUGCCAAAAGCAUGACGAUUACCAAGACGCUAUCAGAUGGUUACUUGACGAAGUUGAGCGGUAUGCCUCCCAGGGGCAGAUUGCUGCUGGUCACGGAAAGGAACGCGGCAGUGCUAUAACGCAGGAUAAAGCGCUAAAUGCCGCGAUGGCUGAACUUCGUACCCUGCUCGAGCGCUUUGCUGACGGCCGCAGCAUGGAUGGUAUUUUCGACGCCUCAAAUGCUCUCAUCGACGAUGCUCGUCGUGAUGAAGAGUUUAGGAGCUGGUUUCAUCGUUUGAAUACGUACAUUCGCAAAGUUUUACUUGAGGCGGGCUUUUUGCUGGAAGACGAUUGCAACCGUGAGGGUAACGAGAUACUCGACUCAGGUCGCCAGUUCUGGGACCACAAGUACAAAGAGCACUUCGACAACCUCUUCGAUGCUAUUGGCAAAUGGUUCUCGGCGAUGGGAGAAGAUCCCUUGAACAAGCGCUUCGGCGAAGACUGGGCUCGAUUAACGCGUGACCUACUGUUUGAUAGUGAAGGUAGCUUGAAGUUCAAGGCUGAUCUUUGGAGCGACAUCCGAAACGUCAUCUUGCCUACGAUGAUGCAACAGGUCGGAUAUUUGCCCAUUCCGCGUGUCGAGUACACCGACGAUGCUCUUGACCUUGUCGUUGAGAACAUCACUCUUCAAGGACGCAAUCUGUUUCCCAACGUUAUAGUCGUGGAGGCAUAUAACCUUUUGAAGUUUAGCCCGUACAGCGACAUUCAAGACGAACGUCAUCACGAGUUCACGAUCACACUCUCCCAGAUCCAGGCAGACAUCCGGGACGUUGCCCUCUACUUCCGUAAGAAGACAUUCCCCAGGAUGAGGGACUCUGGCAUAGCGGACGUUAUUCUUGGUGGACAGGGCAUGACGGUGACUAUCCAGCUUGUGUCUGCCGACAAAGAUCGCAGCUCCGUAUUCAAGGUCAAGAACGUACACGUCAAGGUGGAUUCGCUGAGGUUUAGCAUUCGCGAUUCGAAGCACGAUUUGUUUUAUAAGACUCUCAAGCCAAUCGCGACAACCGUGGUGAAGAAGCAUAUACAGAAGGCGGUCGCACAGGCAAUCAGGACUGGCCUGGAAUAUCUAGACGGACAGCUCGUCACCGUGAGGGACCGCAUGGAGGAGUCAAAGACAAACGAGGAGAUGAGUCGCCGCCAGGUGUUGCAAGAUCUGUUCAAACACAAGAAGGACGAAUCUGCGUCGAUUAAGACAUCGGAGAGCAAGUCUCAUUUCAAAGUUGUCCAUAAUAAGCGCUCUUCGAUGAUCCAGGAAGGUCACCCAGCUGGAUGGGUCAAUCGAACGACCGAGCGCGAGGAGAAGGCGAAGGAGGGGAAGGAAUGGAGGAGUGAAGCGUAAGUCUACC